CGGCCCAGCAAGUGAGCAAAGUGGUAUAAGCCAGCUUAUGGCAUGCCCAGCCCACUUGAUUAUUUAAAGCACACUCGCUCGGCCUUCUGAAGAAAAUGGAAGGACUUAGUCAUGUUGGUUUUGGGCUUGUUCCCAAACAAAGCACUUACAAAAGUUGGUAACUGAGUUUUUCCAUAUAGCAAAAAAGAAGAACCUAGUUGGCUGGUAUUUUCUUGACUGCAAACAGGUGAGGGGUGGGUUCAAAUAAAUAGGCUCACAUCAUUUUACAAACUUUUGACUCAGAACGCCUCUCUCUCUUCUACUCUCUCAACUUUUGAUUACUCACCCACAUGGAAUCCAAUCAACCACCUUGCUCUCGCUUCAAGGAAUGCUUCUUCCAGCAGCGUUCCCUUUCCAAUCCUACCACCGACUGCCCUAGCUCACCACAUUCGCUCUCAUCCGAUGCAAUGACUCCAAGCAGCUCCUGUUCACUAUCUGAAAUCGUCGAAUUGUCCAAAACCAAGGAAGGAAUGGCGGCCCAUCACAAUGAGUCGUCUUCUUCGCCUCCAUCUCAUUCAAAAAUUAAGGAUAUAUGGUCGCUUGCUAAGCGAAGAUUUGCAACCCAUGCUUCGCCAUCCAAGUCACACUCCUUGUGAUCUUUCCCAUCUCAAUUUCAUAUACCCUUAACCAACCUCCCCCCUUUAAUGGUCCCUUAAGAAAGCUGACCAUUUGUACCUUUAACCAGCUUUAUUAUGUACCAUAGUAGUACCAUGCAAUAGACAUAUACUUGACGGUGUGUUAUUUCCCCAGUCGCUUAAUAUAACUUUUUUUUUCUUAUUUGGCUUAGCCUAAGGAUCAGAUCAUUUAUCAUUACGCACAAGCCUCGAGGAGAGAGGUUUGUUUUUUUUUUUCGGUGUGUAUGAAUAUCAGACGACACUAGUGCACGCCUCCCAUACGCAAGCGUGCUUUCAGAUGGACUAAAUCC